AUGAUGACAACGAUGAAGAUGAACGGGUCCCUCGGGGCGCAUUUCUUUCUUCUCCUUCCCCAAGCAUUCGAUGCAUAUUAUACCUGGCUCGGCAAUCGGCCGGUUCAAACCUUGCUUUUGACUUCUAAGGCGUUUACGGGGCGGCAUUCUGGGAUUCUCGAAUGUAUUGUAAUUGUAUUUCUCACUGCGGGUUUUUCGAUCCCAGACAUUGUUUUGGUCUUUCUGUUCGUACGCUCGGGGCAAGUGGGAAGAGUGAAGAAAACAAGGCAACUGGCAGUAGGCAUUGGCUUGUUUUCCUGGGGAGAGAUGUUUCUGUCAGAACAUAGAUACAAGCACACGUGA